UCUAAAAAAUUCGGGCUAAAAGUAGUUAAUUCAUUUACUAUUUUGAGAAGUUAACGUCAUAUUACUACUUAAAUGAUUAUUAGAGGUUCUGAUUACUACUUUCGCAGUUGUUUUAGUAUGUGCUGUUUACUAUUUCCGUGCAGUUAAUUGAAUUGACCAAUCAAAAGUGUCUAUUCCUACAUUUACUACUUUGGUAGUAAACGUCUCGACCAAUCAAAGAGCUUCCCGUGCGCAGACGGUAAUUUAGAAUCGCCGCCAUUUUUUCCCGCUUCGAUUUUUUCCAAGACGCGCAACAGCAUUUAGAUGGAAAAUCAUUUAAGAGCAUGGGGGAUGGAGGAGCUCAUUCCAAUAUUUGAAGGUAAGAAUAUCUGUAGCACCUGAAGAAAGAAAUAUAAAUAUAUAUUUAUCGAUCAAUACUGAAAAAAAUCAUGAUUUCUGUCAGCCGUGUUCAAGUUGCGCACCCGCCGCCGCCAUUGCGACGGACGCGCUAUAGGAAAUUUUUUCGGCCUUCAAUAAUCCGAAAUCAUCUGGUCUGGUUAUGGAAUUAUAGCGGCAAAACAUAUCGGAAAAUGUUUUAGAUGAUAUUUGGGAUUAUUUUUCGCCACUAACAAGGCAAAUCGGAGAGACAAAGUUAGGAAUGGGGACUUAGAAAAAUAGUAUACAAAUUCAAAUAUCCCGCCAAAGAAUGUCGUCAUCAAGAACAAUUCAGUUCAAUUUUUCAAGUCAUGGUGGCGCAGCAUCCACUCAGAACUGACAACAUCCGGCAUUUCCGGCGUAGAUUUUACAUUUUGUGCAAUUGUUUUGUGGCGUAGCUAAUCAGUGGCUAAUAACUGCAUGAUUUGAUAGACAUACAACCGAAUAAGGGCGAUAUAUAUUCGUCAAAUACUUGGCGUAUUCUGACACUACCGUAUUGUCGCCCUGUCAGCACUGACACUGUGGCUGUGGUGGUGUUUUGACUUCGAGACUUGACGAGAGUGUUUCGCUUCGGCCUUUUUUAGGCCUCGUAGUAGCUCAGCCUAUCAUCAUCAUUGACAUUCGUGACAUUGGGAACCGACAAAGAUAGAUUGACAAGUUUUCCAGGAGUUAACAAUCUCAAGCUGGCUACAUUGCUGUACGUGUCAUGACCAGUCAUCAUGGUCAUGCCAGUGACACCCUGACAUGUUAUUGACAGAGAUACAACAGCCACUGGGCUUAGUCAACAACCGGAGAUAGAGACGAAAAAUCGUGGAACAACGUCUAGGAAAUCCAAUCAUACCGGCAGCCGCAAGGUAUGAACCGCCCUGACGCUCAAAUUGAGACAGGAAAACGCCGGCGUAUCUCAACGAUUUUGUGUAAUCAACUGACACUCGUUCAAACGAAACGUAUCGAUACUCAAUGCUAGAUAAACGUUUAUUUUAAUACUUGCGAUAUAUAUACACGUGUAAGCCAGUACUAUAGAUCUAGGGUCAGAAUAAUACCCUGUACUGAGCUCAGAGUUCAGGUUGUCUACCCUGACUCUGUUAUAGUUUGUGUGUUCUCAUGGUUCAGAUGGUCUACAUGUAGCUGUGUUUUGAGACUCGUUUAUGGUUAAUUGCGUUUUAAAAGCAACCUCCAGGUUUUGAGGUCUGUAUUUGAGGACAAUUGUUGCCUGCUCUUUAUUCCUGGUUAUAUUCUGGACAAUUGUAAUUUCAUUCAAGUUAUUUUGUGAAUUCUCAAUAGUAAUUUGCAUACUGAGUGAUAUUUUGAUUCUAAAAGACUGGUGUUGCAUAGGACUGAACAUUAUACUUGAGGACUUUCAUUUCAAACAUAAGGAGGGAUAUACAUCAUGACCUCACACGCUGUAUCUUGGUCGAGAGAACAUGGCGAGAGAAGUGUCAAGUGCAUUCCCAUAUCAAUCGGUCAAAUAAAUCCAUAAUUAUACAUUGAACAUACGUCCUUCAAUGUCAAUGAUAUUCUAGUUCUACAAUCUCACAUUACUGAAAAGUUGCGGUCUAUCUAUAGUCUAUUGAGUGGAAACACUGAAAUCUGGUGAACAUAAUAAGGCCUUUCUCACCCCACAGUCCGAGACUAGAUUUGCUUUGUUGGCCAUUUUCUCGGUGAGGCAGGAGGUGCUCGGAGAGGUUGCAGUUGAUUCCACAGGGUGUUUUUGAUAACCAAAUUCUUGUCGUCAUGUUGGGCCCAAGACCUAAAAAAACAUUCAGUCUAAAGUCAAGACAAUGCAGUCCUGAUCUUGUCCUUAAUAUCAAUUCAAUGGACUCUACAUGUAGUAAUGUACAUGUAUAAUAUCCCACCAUUUCCUAGAUCAUCCUGAAUACUAUUUACUACUAGGACCUUUCAUGCCUCUUGGCUUGGUCAUCAUGCGUGCAUGGUCAUGCAUGUGACCAUAAUAUGUAUCGGUACAGGUAACAUGAUCGACCGGUGGCGGUCGACAAUUUCAAACAGGGCUUUGUCCUUGUGUCUAAUUUACAUUGUAGAUAGGAAGUGGUGUUCCACCAACCAUUGACCAUACCACACACUGUACACGUUGUAAAAUUGAGAGUAGACAUCUCAAUUGCAAACUUCAUUGCAUCUCAUGAUCUCGGAUGUUAUGUUUAUUAACUGUAAAUUAUCAAGUUUUAAAGUAUGCUUAAAAUAUCUCUCAUUUCAUGCAUUUCAGAACAAGGUAUUGAUGAAGAAGUUGCAAUUUUGUUAGACGACGUCACCCUAAGGGAGCUAGUGCCAAGGAUAGGAAUUCGGCUGAAACUCAAACAACUAAUCUCAUUACAUUUACAGGUAAGCCUGUAGACUGUUUAUACUAUGGAAACCAGUAGUCAUCAUUUUACCUGUUUUGUUUGUUCCAAUACUUUUCAAGGACUUCAACCCCUUUUUUAUCAUUUGCGGACAGACCAUGCGAUAGUAUAUUCGAGUGAUUAUUUUGCCUGUGCUGAAGAUGGAUGUCAGCGGACAUUUAGUACCCAUUGGCCGUAUAAAAGACAUCUACUUAAGCAUGUUCUUUCACUUGACACUGCAAGCCAUGAUGUUGGUGAAUGCCCAAUGGAGGUUUCCCCCUUAGACAAUACCGUUGAUGAUGAAGUGUCAGAUGGAGAUGAUCCAGGAGAAAGCAUUCAUGGUUAUGAGCAAAACACACCCCAGCCUCAGAGUAGAAGUGAAUCCGUUACGGUCGACCUUCAUGCCAUUGCUGCCAAUUUUGUUAGUAAAAUGAAAGCCAAAUCAAAUGUCCCAUUAUCCUCUUUACAAAAUAUUAUUGAAUGUACCUCAGAGAUGUUCAGUGAGAUCGUUGGAAUGCUAGAGAAUGAAACGCUGCGUGUGAUGGAGGAGACUGGUGUAGAAUUGGAAGGUGAAAAAGUUCAACAUCUGAAGAAGAUUUUCAAAGACUCUUGUUCUCCAUUCGCGGGUUUUGAAAGUCAAUAUAAGCAGGAAAAAUAUUUCGCAGAUAAAGGUACGUACAUUCCCCCUGUAUCAAUUCCACUUGGUGUAGCCUUCAAUCCAAAGCGUGAUGCAGCCACUGGAGGUGUUCGACAAAGCCAGACACACGAUAGUUUCCAGUACAUACCAAUCAAAGAUGUUUUACGUGCUGUCCUCAACCAAGAUGGUGUGCUUGAUAGCAUAGAGCAGUACAGGUCAGCAACAGCUGAUGAUGACCUGAAGGACUUCAAGGACGGGGAGUUCUACAAGUGUCAUCCAUGCCUCGGCCAUCAGGACUGCGUGAACAUUCUUUUGUACUUUGACGAGCUCGAGACGACUAAUCCAUUACGAGGAAACGGGACUCAUAAAUUGGGAAUGGACCUGGAACCACAAACCAAAUCUGGACAUGCGGCUACCCUUAUUCAAAGAAUUGAUAACAUUGAACAAAAAGACUUAAAGAACUAUUUGCGUUCCCGCUCAGAUGGGAGAGCAUUAUAUGACAGGUUGAAUGACCUUGGAUUCGCCCCUCGUGAAAUGAGAGCGAAACUGGUUAGAUUUGCAGUUGGGUACCUUUUUGAGAAAAGUGGAAGAUAUCCAAAGAGUGAUGAGAAAAUCUCUCUAGCAAGAGAAAUUAUUGAAGUGUUCCCAUUCUUGAGAAGCCCAAGAGGAAGUGGAUGCCAAGCCUUCUAUCAGCAGGCAAGAGAUAGGAAACCUGCCAAAGGCUUUAUUCAUGACAGAAUAAACAACAUACGGAAGCAGGAGGCAAAGAUGAAGACCAAGGGAAAGAAAGCAAAAAGUUGUUUUGUCACUACAACUGAAGAUGAAGGUAAAAUUUGUACUGUAUAUAUGAUGUUGCAUCAAAUAAGCAACUGGUUUUUGAUCUGACCUACUUUUCAAGGUCACAGAGGUAAAUACACAAAACCACUCGAGUGGGAUUUCCGAGGUAUCGGACUACACCCCGAGUGAUGGUCUUUGGCUGGAAACCCCCGAGACUGCAGGAUGUGACGAGUUUAAGGAAUUAUUUCAAUGUUGACAAGUAAAUGUGAUGUUGCAUCAAAUAAGCAACUGGUUUUUGAUUUGACCUACUUUUCAAGGUCACAGAGGUCAAUAUGCGUUCUCGGGGGUUUCCAGCCAAAGACCAUCACUCGGGGUGUAGUCUGAUACCUCAGAAAUCCCACUCGAGUGGUUUUGUGUAUGUAAAUUUCUUUCGAUCAUUUUUAGUGAAAAUUUGGGCAAGAAGUUUGAUUUCGGCUGCAACACUGUUUCAACAAUGCAAGUCUGGAUUCGCACGUGUGGUAUCUGGUAUUUUUAUCUCAUGGCCGGACUGACCGCUGUUUCAGUCGGAUUUCCCCGGUCGUUUAUUGUCUUUGAAUAUGCAAUCACUGGCGUUGGGGCUAUCAUAAACCAUCAGUCGUGCUUCGAAAACAGUUGUGGGCUACAUUUGCGCCAAUUUCGGCUGGUUUUGUGGAAUAAUUAUGUUUUGAUACGACAAAACGUGACUUUGUGCACUGGAUUUCACUGACAUCGGGCAUGGGAUAAACGUUUUUCUAUGGCACUGCCAUUUUGCAAGACAGCAUGUUUUGUAACUGCUUUAGCUACAGAUUCCUAACUUGGUACAAAUGUACCCCUUGGUGACCCCUACUCAUGGACCAAACUGGGGUCUUUUAUAGUUCACUGUUUUGCCACCAGGGGGGGGCAAAGGUCCAAAGUUAAAAUGUUUAAUUGGUCAGAUUUUCACGAAAUUUUGAUGGUAGGUACAUUAGCAAGGGUGCAUCUCAGAACUAAUGGGUUUCUUAUUUGACCUUAUUUUCAAGGUCACAGAGGUCAAAGUCAGCUGAAUCUAUUUGAACACACACGUGAGCACAUGAUUCAUGGACCAUUUCAUCCUGCCAGUGGCAGUUUUGCUAGAUAAAGAACUGUGAGAAAAAAUCUUAGAUUUACAACAACCCUAUCACAGGUGAUCAUUGGAAUCUCAUUAUUUAAGCACAUUUGGAAUUUUGCAAGGUCCUAUUACUGGUAAGAAACAUGCUAUAAAAAUUUGUUGGCUUUGGGCCCAGGAUGCUACUUUUUGGUACUUUGGCAGUUUUCUAACACAACAAGUAAGUUCUUUGAGAAAAUGUUAGUGGUUCCUUAAGAUAUGCAGUAUCUCAAAUCAGAUGUUUCUUAUGUGCAAUGUGCACUGCCUUGGAGUGUAUACCAGUAAAUAUAGAUCCAUACUUUUAAUUGGGAACAAGAUUUACAUAAAUUUUGCCACUCUAUUUUAUUGCUUUUCUCAUGGUCUCAUCGAAAAGUAAAGCAUACCAUUGGAAAGAAAAAGUCUUCCAAAAGUUAGCAGAAGAAUCUUCCGAAAAUGUAUUUUCCAAUGAGAUGAAUUGGCAUGUUAACUUUUUUGUAAAUGAUCGAUGUUCCCAAUCAAGUGUAUAGAUCUAUAGUAUGGCUCUGACUUUGGCUCUACGGAAAGAACAGUUAACUCCCUUUGACUGUGAGAUUUCAUGCAGAUUGAGUUGAUUUCAAAAAGGUAGAGGACCUGUAAAAACAUGUAAAAUGUUCAUUGUUUGAUUUAUGGCAGUGAUGUCUUAAUGUUGGUACAAUCGGGUAGUACUUUAUUCCCAUUGUCAAUGAUGUUGUUUUUUGGCUCAUAAUAUUGUCUAUCGGUCUGUCAACAAUGGUGGCUAUUUACUUACUCUUGAAUCUAGAAAGUUGAAACUUUGUGUGUGGAUGUCUUAUGACCACUUAAUUUGACAUACCAAAAAUUAUCGCACUUUGACUUACCUUCUGGGAUACGGGCAACCAUCUUUAAUAACCGUAUUUUGUCAAUAUCAUAUGAAAACUGAUGGCAGUGUAUUCCUAAUACUAGUAUCUAAUUUGUGCCAAAAUCUGUCAAAAUAAUCUUAAUCACCAUGAAAAUUUGAAAUGCCAAUCUCGAUCUCCACUGUGUUCAUAUCCACUUUUAAUAUUUGUUGCCAAAUCACAGGGGGGCUAAAAUUGUGAAGUUUUAUUCGACUCUAGUCAUAUUGUGUUUGGAGAGAAUGUUAGUACUGGUUUCAGUGUAAUAUCUUUAAUCAAGUGAUAUUGCCCAACUUUGUGAUCAUAUUGCAAUGGUACUUUUCAUCCAUUUUGUCCAAUAUAGAAAAAAUAAUAUCUCUUGUGGGUGUAUACAUAAAUUCAAAAUGUACAUGUAUAAAAAAUGGUAAGCAUGUAUUUUAUCAAGAAGUCUUGAUACACUGAUUUAUAUGAUAUAGGACACAUUCUUUUUUUAAGAUAUAUGGAGAAAAAAAAACUAUAUUCUGGGGGGGGGGGGGUCUAGGCGAGGAAAGGACAAAAUUACCCGUGUAAUGAAGAGAUUAAUAUUGCACAUAUUAUCACUGUUAUUGAUAUUCAUUCAUAUACAUGUACAUUACCUUGUUAUAAUUUAUAUCCAUAGGUGGACAUUAAAUUGUAUGUUGUUUAGUACAAGGUGUUUUGUGAUAUAAAUCUUUUUUUGUUAUUUGAAUUGUUAUGCUGUCAAGCAAAUACUUGAAACUGACAUGGGCCAAUGAAUUUCUAUUCAGAGAGGGAGCGCAAUUUGUGUAUUUAUACUUAUGUAUACAUUCCAUUGCUUUUAUUACAGUGAUAUGGGGGGGGGGGGGGGGGGAAGCAUUGGUACUUACUGUUGUAAUACACUAUGAUUCAAACUAUGUGAUAUGUGGUAGUACACUGCAGUUGAUGUUUCUUAUUGAAUAAAUUUUAAAUUGUUGUUAAAAUUAAAA